CAGGGUACGGCGGGUUCUGCCGUCCAAUAGCCCACGUGAUCCUCCUCAGUAGUUCCCAGGCGGUCAGAUCGGAGAGGCAGAGACUAUGUAUCACAGGGUUGGGUUGUUCGUUCUUCUGGCGGCGGGUCUCCUCUGCCUGAGUUUGGCCCCCGUCUCUCGGGCUGACGACAUGGUUGAGGAUAGUCUGGAUGAUGACAUGGAUGUGGAGGAUGAACUGGAUCUGGGUUUGGCCGGAGCUGAGGAGGAGGAGGAGCUGGAGGGGGACAUGCAGAAUGAGGCUCCACCUGCUCCUCCUACACCCAAGGUGACCUACAAGGCUCCAGAGCCUAUGGGGGAACAUUUCUUUGCUGAGUCGUUUGACCGGGGAACACUUGACGGAUGGGUGCUGUCCAGCGCCAAGAAGGACGACGCUGAUGAAGAGAUCGCAAAGUACGAUGGUAAAUGGGCGGUGGAGGAGAUGAAGGACAGUAAGCUGCCCGGUGAUAAAGGUCUGGUCCUGAAGUCCCGAGCCAAACAUCACGCCAUCUCAGCCCAGCUGCUGCGACCUUUCACCUUUGACACCCAACCCCUCAUCAUCCAGUACGAGGUGAACUUCCAGUCAGGUAUCGAUUGUGGCGGCGCCUACGUCAAACUGCUGACUCAGACUCCUGAACUCAACCUGGACCAGUUUGUGGAUAAAACUCCGUACACCAUCAUGUUUGGACCUGACAAAUGUGGAGAAGAUUACAAACUGCACUUCAUCUUCAGACACAAAAACCCCAAAACUGGAGAGUAUGAAGAGAAACAUGCCAAGAAACCUGACGCUGACCUGAGGACGUACUACACGGACAAGAAGACGCACCUGUACACACUGGUGCUGAACCCAGACAACAGCUUUGAGGUGCUGGUGGAUCAGACGGUGGUGAACAGCGGCAGCCUUCUGACAGAUGUGACCCCCCCUGUGAACCCCCCCGCUGAGAUUGAGGACCCCGAUGACCACAAACCCGAGGACUGGGACGAGAGGCCCAAGAUCCAGGACCCAGACGCUGUCAAGCCAGAAGACUGGGAUGAGGAUGCUCCGGCUCAGAUUCCAGAUGAAGAUGCAGUGAAACCAGACGGCUGGUUGGACGACGAGCCAGAGUACAUCGGAGAUCCUGACGCUGUCAAACCUGAAGACUGGGAUGAGGACAUGGACGGUGAAUGGGAGGCUCCUCAGAUCCCUAACCCCGCCUGUGAGACUGCUCCUGGCUGUGGCUCCUGGAAUCGACCGAUGAUCGACAACCCCAGCUACAAGGGCAAGUGGAAGCCCCCAAUGAUUGACAACCCCAACUACCAGGGCGUCUGGAAGCCAAGGAAGAUCCCCAACCCAGCGUACUUUGAGGACCUGCACCCGUUCAGGAUGACUCCGUUCAGCGCAGUGGGACUCGAGCUCUGGUCCAUGACCUCCGACAUCUUCUUCGACAAUUUCUUCAUCACCAACGACCGCAACACCGCCGAACGCUGGGCCACCGAUGGCUGGGGACUGAAGAAAGCAGCAGAGGGCGCUGCUGAGCCCGGUCUGGCAUCUCAGAUGCUGAGCGCAGCAGAGGAACGUCCCUGGCUCUGGGUCGUCUACGUCCUGACUGUGGCUUUACCGCUCGUCCUCAUCGUCGUCUUCUGCUGCACCAGCAAGAAGAAGAGCCCAGCGACCCCAGCAGAGUACAAGAAGACAGACGAACCUCAGCCUGAUGUGAAGGAAGAGGACGAGGAGGACGAGGAGGAGGAGGAGGAGGAGAAGAAGGAGGAGGAGAAGGCUGAAGAGGCAGAGAAGAGUAGUCCAGCUGCAGAAGAGAAGAGCGACGGAGAAGAAAGUCCUGCAGAGAGAGAGGAAGAGGAAGCAGAGAAGGACGAGGAGAAGGCCACAGCAGAUAAGAAGUCGGAGGAGGACAUUCUGCGGAAAUCUCCCAGGAACAGGAAGGUCAGAAGGGACUGAUAUCUCUGAAGCCAAAGCCCUGACCUCAACACCUCCCCCCUCUCUCCCCUAAAAUACCCCCCGUCCUCCCCGCCCCCCCCAAUCCUCAGCCUCUUCUACUCUUCUGCUCUGAGGUGAUGAAGCCUAAAUGGAUUCCAUGGAAGCAGCAAAGCCGACAGGAAACUAAUCAAGAGAACGGAUGCCUGAUGAUGAUGAUGAUGAUGAUCCUAGUAUGAGCAGGACUGAGUUAGUGUGAUUAAAGGAGAUUUACUGACCUUAA